ACAAGUACUGUAUGGCAAAAUGCAGUGACCGCCAGUACCCGGAUGUUGUACGAGCGUCUUAAAAAGUUUUUUUUUUUAAAUUAAAAAUAUGUAUGUACCACUCUUAAUCAUCACUAUCUUCGCGAAGUAGCGGCUAGGGAAAUUAUUUUUUACUUUGUGUUACAAUUCACUAUUAGAACGGAGUCACGCAGAAGAGAAAAGGAAUGAAAUACUGGCGACGUCAUAUCCGGUAAGCGAGCGAGGUCAAUAAUCGAUUUGGGACCGCACGAAGCUGUUGAAAUUCACCACCUGAGAAGUACACAGUUUACAUAGUAUACUAUAGUUUAGUAUAAGUAGUAUAUACAUAGUAUUACAACGUAAGUGUGGACUGUGGAAGUGCCCAACGUACAACACUUACCAACACGUGGAGCUGUUCUCGCGAUACCACUCCGUGACGGGGUCGUCACGUGACUUUGUUUACUUCCGCGUGUCUGCCACAAACGAGGAGGUCUUCUGUCCAAAUGGCGAGAAACGAGGAGAAGCAACAGGGAAAGUUAAACAGACUUUGGCUGCAAAAAGAGAGAGAAGAAGGUCGGUUAAAAGAUGUCCGGGAGCGAAGACCCAAGUUGUCUACGCUUAACUCCGCAUCAUCUGUGAAGAAGUGGAUCCCCAGCAUCAAGAAAGAAAUGGAGUAUUACCUGCAGCAAUCCCAGCUCACCCAUUACCCCGAGAGGAAGAUAGCAGAGUUCCAGGUAAACAUGGAGGCUUUAGAAAAGGAGUACAAGCGUUUCGUUACCAAGCUGCGGGUGCUUGACCCCGCCUGUAAGCACAAGCCCUGGACCCCGAGAGCCUAUUGUAAGAGGAGAGCGGAGAAGGACGAGUCGGCGACGAGCCUUGUGAAGAAGAAGCCGCCGCCUUUUGAGACGGCCAGCUUCCAGAUUGAAGGCGAGUCUUCCCCCGGCAGAACGCCAACCGAACCGUUCAACGGCUCGCGGGGCAGUUCCAUCCCAACCUCAGGAUGCACGGAGGACCAGGACCAGGACCAGGACCGGCCGCUCUCCUUCGACCGCGCUCGCCUGGCGAUGGCCUCUGCUGCCUUCAGAGGCGCCUCGGACCAGCCAGGCUCCUCUCAGACGCAAAACUUAGCGAGGAUGUUGCAGCUCUCCCUGCCAAACCUGGGUAAUUCUGCCGCCUUGCCGGCACAGGGGAGAGAUGGCGACUUGUCAGCAGCAGGGGGUGCUGUUGUCGAACAGAAAGCCGCAGUGGAGAAACCGAGGACUUCCCGUGGAGUAACGCAGCAGAAGACGGGUCAUGUCCUCGGACUGGAUUGUUACUCUUCUUCUGGUGAGGAGUCUGUCUGACACGUGACAUUAUAACCAUGUCCUGACCUUAAAACCCACUUGUUUUCUCCACUUUUGAGAGCAGAGGCAGUUCAAGAGAGAAUUGUAGAACUAGAAGAGCGAGGCUUCACUACCCAUCUUAAAAUGAAGCUUGGAUGGACCUGCCACAUUUGCAUCAGUUAGCUACAAACUGGAUUUUUUAACAUUUCUUUCAGUGAAUAGGCUAUAGUUUACGUGAAAAUGUGUAUAGAGAGAGUAUGGCCAACUCGGUUUCAGGUCAAAAGGCGCUCACGUGACUACAAGGUGCCAUGUUUGCUACCAACUUUGAGCUGAUGCUAUGUGUUUGCAGCGCUCCCUUGUUAGUUUUGCUGUCGUGCAGCACGGAGCCGCUCCACCCGGGAGAAUUGUGGAAAGCGAUGCUUUCCUCACAACCCGGAAAGAAGACAAGUGUGGGAAGUGAAGGUUCGCCAUCAGCACCGGAGAGACAUUGAUUACAGCGUCUUGUGCCAGGUAAACAUGACACAACGGCUGCGUUUUGUUCAGAAGAGAACACACAGAAGCUCAUAGAAAUAUUAACAAAUUAAAUAUAUGGUUUGACAAAAAUCUCAGUAAAACAACCUCUUAAGACCCAAGCUGUUUGUUUACAUGCUUUCUUUAUUUAUCUUUGCUAUUUGGGUUUAUUGGACCCUAAUUAGAAUAAAAACUAAGAAUCAACUUUUGAUAUGAUGUACUUAGUCCAUAAGUACACAAACGUGUACUUCAUGUUUAGUGACAUGCUAAUUCUUAUUUUUACACUUUUUUUCCCCAAAUUCCAUUGUAUAUUAUACUCUUCUGACACCACUAGAUGGCAGUAUAAGUGUCCACAUAAGGGCCAUGAGACCCCAAUUCAGUAGUGUACACAAUUUUGGAAAUAAGACCUAAAAGGUGCUGUCCACACAUGUGGCCACUAAGAUAGAUAGAUAGGUCUUUAUUGUCAUUGCACAAGUACAACGAAACUUUGUUAAGCCUUUAGAGGUUUUUAUGGAACAAUUUCCCUUGUGGAUCAAGAAAGUUUUUCUAAGUUGUCUAAGUCUAUAAUUAUUUAAUUUGGUAACAGUAAAGGAAAAAGACAAAAAUAGAUGGACAUUGAAAGUGUAAAAUAAACCACAUUUGGGGUGGAAUAAUAGAUGAAAAAAUUAACUGAAAAUCUCAUAAUGAAUUAAGAAAAUAAAACUCCAUAUUCUCUCAUACUCGCCAGUGUUCCCAUAUCUGAGGUAUUAUGGGGAAAUAAGUACAAAAGUACACUUACCGUAUUUUCUGGACCAGAGGGAUUAAAAGGCGCACUAGUGCAACAACAACGCCGGAAAUGUGUCCCGUGAAAAAACGUCCGACCGGAACUCUAAUAACUAAAGUUCCUUGGGUGAAUAAUGUAAACUCACUACACCGGUAUGUUUUAGCCCUUUCGUGGCGAGUUUACUGACAGAUAUAAGUAAGAAUUUACACUACUUUAUGUUAGAAAUGGCAACAGCGGAGUAUGAAUGUCCCAUAACAAGAAGAUAGUGAAAAAGAAGAAGCUUAUCGACUAUGGUAUCGGCACAAACUACAAAGGCGGACUCGCGCAAAUUUUCAGGACUUAUGCAGAUCCCAAAUACACAUCAGCACGUACCAGAAGGUAAGACAAGUUGCUUUAGCAUAAUAUUGCGAAACAAAACAGCAGAUAUGUCUUACCUUAUACACACACCAUAAUAACACUCGUAUGUUGAAGCACAGUACAAUCCAUCAAGCGGUGCGGCUUCAUAGCUUACCAAAGUCGUACUAAAACAUUUUGAUAGAUUUUUGAGCGCCGUGUGUAAUGUUCUAUAUUUUCAAUGGAACAUAUAAAAUGUUGGUGUCGUUUACUUGAGUCAUAUUGCAGUCUACACAUAUCUCUUAUGUGUGACUGCCAUCUACUGGUCACACUUAUCAUUACACCAUGUACCAAAUAAAAGAGCUUUGAGGUCAGUAAGCACAAUCAAAAUGAUUCCGUAGAUUAGGCGCACCGGGUUAUAAGGCGCACUGUCGAGUUUUGAGAAAAUAAAAUAAUUUUAAGUGCGCCUUAUAGUCUGAAAAAUAUGGUAUUCACUUAUGUGUUACAAAAGAUUGAGUUAUAAUAAUCCAUAAUGAGUGAUACAUACAGUGUUUACAAAUACAUCGGAGGCAGACACCACAGUUGACAUACUUCACACAAAAGUCAUCAUUGAUUGUUGGUCCAAAGCUAAUGAAGAUUUUGGCAAAAUGAGGGUAAUAAGUUGUUUUGUUUUGGUCGUUCUGUGUAUUUUUUUUACGUGUUAGAGAGUCUGCUGGCCACUAAACACAGCAGGAAUGUAGCAGCAGAGUUCCUCAAAUACAACCGCAAAAUUCUACUUUCAUGAUAUAAAAGCUUGUUUUAAGUUAAGUUAAAGUACCAAUGAUAGUCACACACACACUAGGUGUGGUGAAAUUUGUCCUCUGCAUUUGACCCAUCCCCUUAUUCACCCCCUGGGAGGUGAGGGGAGCAGUGAGCAGCAGCGGUGGCCGCGCCCGGGAAUAAUUUUUGGUGAUUUAACCCCCAAUUCCAACCCUUGAUGCUGAGUGCCAAGCAUGGAGGUAAUGGGUCCCAUUUUUAUAGUCUUUGGUAUGACUCGGCUGGGGUUUGAACUCACGACCUACCCAUCUCAGGGCGGACACUCUAACCACUAGGCCACUGAGUAGUAUUGUAUCGAGUAUUGUAAGUUUAUGAGCUGGCGUAUGUUCAGAACUUAUUGUUUUUGGUUUAUUUCGUCAGAAAAACUAACGUCAAAGCGACGGAAAACGCGUGCACAUGUGCUUGGUAGCAAGCAUGGCGCUCUCUCGUUUAGUUGUCUGUGCUCUCUUUAUACACCAUGAA